ACGAAAUCGCACGUCCGACGUUGUCUGUCAAAUCCCAUAUAAAUCUCGUCCGAUAAAAUCGCAUCGGAUGAGCGCUGCCACGGGCCUGAUUCAGCCGUUAACGCACCAAAUUUUAGAACAAUCGAAGCUGUCAGUUCUAAUAAGAUAUAUUAACCUUGCCCACGCUAGGCCCACCUUUUCCAAACAUGUUGACGAAAAAAGUAUGGAUCAAGUGCGGGUUAAGGUCAAUAUGCUGAACAUGAAUUUAACACAUCGAUUACUUUAACUCAUUCACUUACAUCACAGCAUAACUUCGGCAAUAUUAAUAAUAAAUAUACUGUGCUCUGACCAGCGAAAUAAAAAAUUCCAUUUGCAAGUAAACAAACACACGCAUUCGUAUCUUACACAAAUAUGUUUCACAACAAAUUAACUUAAACACACAAGUUUCAUUGCUUCCUUUGCACAAUGAAACACAUUUUUGGGGUGAUAAAUAAAAAACUGACUUUAACAAACAUUGAAGUGGCCGCUUCUGUAGAUGUGUUGUUUAACCCACCAAAUUUACAGUGUUUUCCCAAUUGACAUUUUCGAGCACGAAUAAUCGGGAAUUCGAGCAAAUUCCCUUAAACUGGAGCCUUUAACUUACCUUAAACUGCCCCAGUUUAAGGGAAAUUUUAGUACAAUUUCAUGAAAACCGACCACUGUGCUUUGCUCUUUCGUGUCAUUUCCAAUUGUCAUCAUCGAAACGUCAAAUGAAAAUACAAAACAAAACCAAAUUGUUCGGUGAUGCUUCAUAGCCUGAAAUCUAAAAUUAGUUUUAUUAUUUCUCUUGUAUUUUCUGCAAAACAUAAAAAGGAUACGUUUAGCGAAAUGGCUUCAAACAACGUGUAUAAAACGAUAACAGCACCGAUGGCAACAGUUCCAGAUCUCAGCGUAAAAGCGCAGGCAUCGGUAGUACCAGCGACCAUCGUACCAUUGAAGAUAUCCGUAUCUACAUCACCAUUAUUCCUUCCUGAAAAUGUACAACAAACCAAUAACCCGGUGAUUAUCAAAACCGAACAAAUGUGCCGGCCAGCACUUACCGUGAAUGCCCCUGUGAAGCUCGUGCAAUGGUCAAAAGCAUCAGCAUCCUGCGUCCUUUCGGCAUCUCCAUUAUCGGCUCUUGGCACUGUGAAUCAAAACAACAAGCCAGUGGUUAUACAAUCGGGACAAAUGGGCCGACGAGUCCUCACCGUGAAUGCCCCUGUGAACCUGGUUCAAUCGUCAGCCAUCGCAUCCUCGCCCCGCGUCCAUUCGGCAUCACCGUCAUCAGCUCCUGAAAGUGCAAAACAGUGCAAACAAACUCCGUCGACAUAGCUGCAAGCUAUGUUCUUGUUCCGCCGGGAAGUAACUUUUCUGCUCCUCUUCAUUGGUUGUGUAGCCAUUUAACUGAAAAAAUCCAACAAAUUUUCACAAAAAAAUAGAGCACAAAAUUUAUUUUCUUCUUUCGUCAAACACCAAAGCCAAAUAAAUGACAGCUGAAAAUGAUGCCAUCGUCGUUCGCUACAAGAAGAUUACACGCACACAAUCAUACUUGCCACUUCCUACACGGGUGAUCACACACACAUCCACACUUUUGGACGGUUCGAGCACCAAUCGAGCAAAUUUAGAACAAAAUUUUAGUACCAAUGUAAAUUGGGUUGGCUUUGUUUGAUGCAACCGAAUUUUUAGUACAGGAAAUUGGUGGUGUUUUCGCUAUCUUGGUUAUUUGGGUAUUUUCUCGCCUCAUUGAAUUCUAUGCUUAAUAGUAAUCUUGGCCGGAGGAACUUAGUAGAUUUCUAACAAUUGCAAAAUUAAAUAACAAUUUAAUUAAGGGGAAAAAUACAAUUGGAAUUGAAAACCCCUUGGCUGAAUACAAGACUUAAAUUAAUUUUCACUACUUAUGAUACUAUGUACAGGCCUUAGCAUAAAAAUAAAAAUAAUUAUAGUAAUUCUAAACCUAAAACUAUGUUUUUAAGAGUUCAAUUCUCUUACACUCUUAAAUUUUUUUGCCGAAUCUCGGUAAAUUUUUGCCGAGAUCCGCACAACUGACGUCUCGGCAAAUAUCUCGGUUAAAUUUCGGUUUGUUUUGACGUUUACGUAUAACCGAGGUUUUCGGUUGCAGCUAACUGAGAUUUCGGAAAGAAAUAAAAACAAUCAUUUUUGAAUGUCAGUCCUUUUUUCUUUGCAUAAAAAUUAUUUAAGUAACAAAUUUAAAAUAAAGUUAAAUAAAUUGGAUUGGAUGUUUAAUAACACAAAAAAACGCUAUUAUACCUUUUUGAAGUGGGUUGAUUAUUUCCGAUGAAAAUUCUAAUAUUUCAUAAUCUUGUAUUUACAUAGUAAUAUCUUAUGUUUUUAUAUACAGUGGCCGGCAGAAUAAAGUGGCCACUACUUACAAUUUACGUUUUUUAUUGUUUUCUGUAAAAAAUGAAGUUAUUGUACUGCUUUAUUUUUUGAAACAUUGUUUGUGA